AUGAUUGAUAUUUAAAGUACAAUAUCUGUUAAGACUUAAUAUUUUAGUUAUAAUUAAGGCUAUACAUUCAAUUUAGUUUAAAUUGCUAAUGUUUCUAAUGUAUAAUAAAUUAAUUUUGCAAUUACAGCCUUUGAUGAUACAAUAAAAAAUAGUUGUUAAUUUUAUCGAUUAAAUUAUUUACUAGAAUACCUUUACGAUUUUUUAAUCAAUAUUGGAAGUUAAAUUCUUUAUCAAUUACUGGAACACUUGAGACAUAAACUGAAUAAAUAGGGGGUCAUUAUAUAAAUACAGGAAUAAAUGCAAUAAAUAAUAAAUAUCCAUUUGAUGUUUCUCAUAAGAAGAUUAGCAUAAAUCUCAAAUAAAAUAUUAUUUAUUCUAAUUGAUAUUCAAUAAACGAGGAUUCUGUCUUUGAUAAAUUAAUUGAGUACUUUACAUAAUCUAAUAAUAAUUUUAUUUUAGGAGAAUAAUAUUUAUUUUUAUAAAUUUCAAUAACUUCAACACAUACAUGUGUGUCUUGUUCAUAAUCAAAUAUUUAUAUAAUGUUAUUUAUGCUUAUAUAUGGAAGAGGAAUGA